AUGUGGAUAGCCUCUUCUGCAAUGGGCCCGCAGUACGCUGUGUUGUUGGCGUGCGUCGUCGCGACCAUGGUGUGGCAUACGACGGAAGGCUGGGGACCCAGCUUUCCCUGGACGAGAAAUAUGACCAUAAAAAACCCAGAAAACCACCCUACAUUCAACGACGCAGAACUUGGGCCCUUGCAAGAUGCAUGGCAGGUCCUGGAAGAAACAUCGAAAAAUGCGUACUUCCUAAUGUUUCGCACCCAAAUUUAUGUUUUUAAGAGAUGUGUCUACGCAACAGCAAAUAUCACAGACAAAACAAACAAAACCGCCAAUUACAGAAUCACAUUGUACGAUCUAAACGAACAAAAAUACGUGAAUCCCACAGUACAAGUGAGAGCUCUAAGUCAAACUGACUACCCGCUAGAAAACGUUAUACGGGCAAGCUUGAACGGAACACUCCCAAGUGCUACUCCAGUUCCCCCGGGAAGCUACACGUACGCUCAGUAUGAUAACUCCACCUGCUAUUCCAGAGGUACUCCCUUUCCCGAUAGAGGUGUUGCUGCGAAGCCUCAGUCGAGUGCACCAGAAUCUGGUUUAACCGAACAUAUCCUGGACGACUUGUUCAACUUUUCGGAAAUUCCUCAGUAUAUGGACAUGUAUGUGGUAUACAGCGAGCCGCAAUGUUACAUUCUUAGGAGUGCCGCAGCCGAUGGAGGAUGCGAUUUGUGGCUGAGAAAAACCGAGUUAAAACGUAUAGUGGAUGACCUGAAAGAUGAUAUUAUAAAAACAGAAGAGGAACUAAUGAAGAAGAAUAAGAAAUGGCUUGGAAUCCCUGAAAACUGUACUCCGAGAGAUGAUCAAAAACAAAGGCUAUGGAUAUUCAUAAGAGAGGACUUUGAAGAAUGGUUUCAACAUGUCGUAUGGAAACGGAUUUCUCCCGAUUGCGCUCUCGCCUUCAUGAUAACUUGUGGAAAACCUGUGUUUCGAGCUUACAAUCCGGUUAUCUGUAAUACCACACUAAGAGGGCAAUAG